UAGAUUUGAAGGAUGCCAAACUGAAGUCAUUCUUUAGUUUGAGAGAGGAGUAAUUGGGCGUAGAGAAGAUCCCUCGGAAGCCUACAAUAUCCCUUGUGUGGUUUCUUCCCUUCCGUCAAAUCUAAGAGAGAGAGAGAGAGAGAGAGAGAGAGAGAGAGAGAGAGAGAGAGAGGAUGUAGCAGGAAGAUGUGAGUUGCCCAUGUGAGUGAGGCAACUUGCUGUCCUGGUAAAGCAGUGGCACAAAGCAGGGAAGAGAAGCAAUGAGAUCCAGAAGACUCUCUCUCUCUUUCUAUCUCUUACACACACAACCUCACAUGGCGCCUGUCGUCGCUUUCGUGUGGGAAUUCCUUUCUUGUAAGGUGGAGGAGGAGAGGCAGGUUCGAACAGUUGGAAGAAGCACAAGGAAGCAAAGAUAGAGAAAGGAAAAGAAUACUGUGUCAGUCGCAGGUUCUACAUUUGCCAAUGCUAAAUAAUCUCAGUCGUUGAUCUGAAUCAAUCAUUUUGAUCUAUUUACAUUCCAAAGCACGGAUGGUUGAGAUUGAAGGGGAAAGUAAAGAAGGGGACGGUUUUGUAUCCUCUCCAUUGCCUCGUUUCUCUCGCUUCAGUCCUCUUCCUCGGGAUUCUGUCAUUUCUUCCUCCUCCUCCUCCUCCCUCGUACCUGUAUACUCCAUAAGUAACCUUGUUCCUGCUGUACACCGAGCACUGUGAACUCUGUUCUGGUAGCCGCAACCCAAGCCAGUCUCUGAUCAUCUCCACCACUCUAGAUUUCCAGGACGUGCACUCGGUAGUAGCAGAAGAAGAACUCACUGCAGUGGAGGAAAGAUGGGCAGCACCUCAGGCAAAGAAUGGCCACAGAUGAUGGAUGAUAGGCUUCUGGUCACUGAAAAAUACAACAGUGGCAGUAAUGGUACUAACACCAACAAGAACAAUACGAUUCAUGCCGGUUCUGCGACUCUCGAUGUUUCUGGGGUUAUGAACAAGCCACUAUCGGCCUCAGAGCAUGCACAGGCCGCCCUGACAUGCCCCCGCUGCGACUCCUCCAACACCAAGUUCUGCUACUUCAACAACUACAGCUUGUCGCAGCCGCGGCACUUCUGCAAGGCGUGCAAGCGCUACUGGACGCACGGCGGCGCGCUCCGGAACGUCCCCGUCGGCGGGGGGUGCCGCAAGAACAAGCGGGCGAAGAUGCCGGUGGCCGCCUCCACGGGGCCCCCGAACCGUCCGCAACCCCACCUUCUUGCUCCGCCGGAUCCGAUCCCUUCCAUCUCAGUGCAGAUAUCUUCCUCUUCCUACCUCGGCGCCGCGGCCUCGCUCUAUGCCCUGCAGACGGCGGCGGCGUCGUCGUCGUCGGAUAUGAGCAGCAUCCAAAUCCCAUCUUUCACUAGUACUGCCUUCGAUCUGCAGUCUCAUCUCGGCUCUCUUGGACUCGACCUGUCAUCCAAGCCACAACGCGACUACGAGUACCAUCUCGGCGAGCUCCAGCCAUUGCCGUCCUUGAGCUCGACUGCGAUGCCGCUCCUGAAUGACCACCCACUCUCCGGAUCAUCUUUGCAAUCUCCGCCACUUGUAGCACCAAGCACUAAACACCCCAAGCGAACCGAAGACUACCAAGCCUUGUGUUCCUUUAAUGAAUUGCAAGCCUCUGGGAGGAAUUGGAGGAUGGAUAGGAUGAUGAAAUCAGUCAAACUGGAAGGGCAGACCAACGACAUGAUCAACAGCAACAUUAGCAGCUACAUAGAUUGGCAGAUUCCAAAUCCAACAGAGAUUUCUUUGGAUAAUUUUGGUCCAGCUGCAGCUAUGUACUGGAAUUCAGCCAUCAGCGGCGGUUCAAGUUGGCCGGAGAACACGAACCUCGGGUCGUCGCUCACGCCUCUGAUCUAAUCUGAAUCAAAUGUGCAGAUAAUUAGUAUUCUCUCUCACCUUCAAUCACCAUUCAUGGUUUCUGCUACUUGUUCUUCUUCUUCUUCUUAAUUUUCUAUUCUUCUUAAACGGUCAUUGGUAGUAAGGAUUGGUGGAUUAAAACUAGAUUACAUCUGGAUAAUGAUGUUUAGUUUCAGCAUGGAUUGGAAAGGAAGAGGAAGAAGAGUGGUGGAACUGGAGUGAGUUGGUUUUGCAUGCGUGUAUAUAGCAGACAUGACAUAUUCUCAGACGAGUCUUCUUCUUCUUCUUCUUCUUCUUCUUCUUCUUCUUCUUUCAUGUGUUGGCAGAAAAGAUUCUGUGAGUGAGUUCUUGGUCUUUCUUUCAUUGCAACAAGUGUUUAACCCUUUUCUCAUGCUUCUCUUUCCUGGACCACUGAUGAUGAUGUUCAGAAGUGCAAUGACUGUCUUUAUCUGCAGCAUUAAUCUGGUUAGGGUUUGUGCUUACCUCUGGUGUAUCUUUCCCUGCCUUUCAUGAUUGUGUCAGUUGAAUCCUUGCCAAUGGAACUGCAUUGGGCAGGCCAAGCUUGUGUUUCGUACAUGAAGAGACUCAUCAAUUUGGCAGUCUUGUGCAUCCACUUUUGUCCAGAGCUCCUUUUUCUUUGCGUGUCCAUUUAUACUUCAAGGAGAAGCUCUUUUUCUUAGGGUAAUGGAUGCACCUUUUUCUCCUUGUAACGUAGCAAUUGAACCCAUCAGAUUGGUUUUGACUGGAGCAAUGCAUUCCUCUUCUCAUUGACCACUCCUUUUAGUGCAAUGUAACUCUGCUGUUGGAUGAUCUGGUUGCAGCUAUCAACAUGGUGACAGGACAUCCUUCUUAGGUAUUGUAUGCUCUAAUCAACCUACAUUGUUGGUACGGACUAAUGUUCUAAGAGCUACUUGAAUGUGUUAUGUUCAAAUUGCAUUAUAAAAGUAAAAAGGAUGUCUUUCCAUUCUUUAAUCUAAAUAUGAUGAGGGAAAAAUCAUGUAAGCUGUAUAAGGUGUGAGAUGUUAUGUUUGUAGAGAAAGGAGAAAAUGAAAAGCAAAGGGGACUUUUUUUUUUCUUUCUUUUAAGCUUAUUUAUUCCUUUUGUGAUUAACAAUUUUAUAUCUUAGGAUAAAACAACAAAAAGAUUCAUGGAACUUAAUAGAAGAAAUAUAAAUAUAUAUUUUAUAUGUUGAUAUUGUUUGGACCAUAAAUUAAGAUUCUUCUCAGCCAUGCUCUUCAAGAUAUAAGGCAUUGCCAUCUCAACAUAGGCAAAAGUCAUUGCUUUUGCAGUGAUCUAAUCAUGUGAAGAAGUCAAGAAAAAGUUGGAACUAUCACAAAUUUGAUAUGCUUAACUAUGAGUAAUCUAAAGCUCUGGUUUCUUGUGAAAUAUGUGAACAGGUCAUCACACUUUCUUUAUGUUUGGUAAGAAUGUGGAACCUCAUCACUUGUACACAGUCUCACAUGGAUUAUCCAAAAUUGAAUGAUGCUUCCUUUGAUCAUAUGUACAUCAUGUAAAGCUAUUCAAGGACAUUUGAUCUGCUGGUUGAGCCAAAAAGAAGAUCAACUGUAGCCUUAAAAUUGAUGUUGAUUAUUUUGAAAUCCUAAAUAAAACAAUGUUCUAUAUCAUGAAGAACAUGAUUUUUCAGAUGCUUUUAGUAGACUGUGUCGACAUUAGAUGCCAGUU